CUAUUGUUUAAUAACAAAUAAGAAAAAAAUUAUAGUAUAAAAUUUAACAAUUACGUGUCAAAUUAACAAUGCUGAAAGAUUGUAGGUGUAGAAAGCAAAAAUGAAUUUGAAAUGUUAAGGAUAAAGUCUUCGCAUAAUAUUAUUGAUGAGAACACUAUGGGAAAGAUAGAGAAACAUUCAAGUUUAGAGGCGAAUUCAGGAAGCAAUGAAUUUUCUUUUCCUACAUCAGCACAAUCAUUCAGAAGAAAAGCAAAGAAUAUGUUCAAAAAAAUUUCUAAAAAAAAUAUAUUCUGUAAAAAUGUGCAACAAAAACUAAAACCACAUAAUAUUAACAAUGCGCUAUAUUUUCCAGUUUUUAACAUCAUAAAACAAUUAAUUUUGAAAAGAAACAUUAGAAAAGCGGCUGAAAAGAAUUCGAAAAACAGGAAAAUACUCGCACGCCGAAAGCGUAAAUUAUUCUUCUCAUUUUCCAAUAAAAGAAAUCAAAUUUUCGGUGCAGACAAUAGAGAAUAUGUGAUGAAAAUACCCGGAAAAUUUAAUAGUAGAGCUGAGAAGAAAAAACUAUUUUGGUUAAACGGAAAGCUAAAAUCUAAUGACAAAUAUAUAUCACGAAGUACUAAGAAAAGAUUUUCUGUAUCAAAAAGAAAUUGGAAAAAUAAUGAAAAAGAAGACACAUUAAAACACAAAGAAAAUUAUUUAGACAACUCCCAAAUUUUCGAUAUUGAUAAUAAUAUUGAACCGUUUAAUGACAUUAGAAGAGCACACAAAGAAUCUUUGAUGAACAAAUAUUUAUACAUUAAAAGACUUGAUUCGGUUUGGAAUAAUAAGAGACAUAAAUUAUUUUGGAAGAAAUCAAACAGGAAACAAAACAAAAUAAAUGCUCGUUUGUUAAGGAAUUUAAAAAAUGUCGCAGAGAAAACUAAAUAUAGUAGUCCGGACACAUCUAAUAUAUUUCAAGUGAAUAAUUAUGAACGUACAAAACGUAGUACAAAACUUUUAUAUAUUGUCGAAGUGCUUGCAAUAAUAGUCAUGGCAACUUUUAUUGUUCUUUAUAUUUUAGCACUGAUCAUAUUUUUAAUACAGAGAAUUUUAAGACAAUUACGCGAAAUAAAAGCAAAGCAACAAAUUAUGAAAAAAAGAAAGCCUCUUAAAUCCAUUACUAACAUCCAACCUACAGAAAAACCUUUACUUAAAAGCUCGAACACAUAUCGAACUGAAAUGCCAUUGUUUGAGAUCGACUCGCCCAGUAAAAAUGAUGAGAAAGAAUUAUUUAUAUCUAAGAAGGGUCCAGCUAAUAAUUAUGUAUCGAAGAAAUAUAACGUUUAUGAGAAUCUUUCCAAUGCAUCGUCGUGUGAAAAAAAUACAGAAGAGCCUGUUAAAGUUACAUUUGAAGUCAACUACUUAAAUUUACCUACAGAGGAUGAUUCAUUAUUAAAUGAUCAAGAUGUUGAUAAAUUAGGUUAAAUAAAAUAAAAUAAAUUGUU